UCCAUGAGAUGAAACCAGUUCUUAAUCCACUCAUCCGCCAUUAAAACCAUUCUAAUCAUCUUCCAUUAAUAUCCACUUUCCAAUCUAAUCCUAACACAACAAAAGAAGCCCGGAGAUAUCUUGAUGACUGUACAAGCAACCUCUUCAAUGGCACCUACGUCGCCGGUGACUAAUCAAAGCUCUCCGUGGCACUCACCCGUGCCGUACCUUGUUGCCAUGCUGGGUCUCAUUGCUUUUGCUUUAUUGUUUCUAGCUUGUUUCUGCUGGAAGCUCGCUGACGGAGAGAUAUCAGACCUCGAGGCCGGAGAUUCCAAACUUGACGAUCACAAGGAGUCCACAGUUUUCGAAGAAAAAUAUCUGGUAAUCAUGGCAGGAGAAGCGAAACCGACGUUUUUAGCAACACCUAUUUCAAGCAGAACGUCAUCGUUUGGUAGCUGUAGUUGCCGGAGUAGCCCAAGGGAGAAACUGUCGACGUCGGAGGUGGAAAUGAUGGAGGAGAAGGCAAAACAAGGGAGCAACGGUCACGUACAAGUAAGGAACACGGUGAACGUGCAGGAGACCACAGCAUGAACUCCCUUAAUGUUUUACUUCUUUUGGGUUUCUUUAGUUAGAGAGAUUCAUGGGAAUGCGCAGAGCAGCUCAUAGGAAGUGGUGGUGAUUGUGGGUUGCGUGGUAGAUAUAGUGAGUGUUUCCGUAGGCGAUCAUAUAGGACAUUAAUCUUAUUUUUAUUUCAUUUUUUAGUCUGCCAAAAUUUAAAGAUAUUAAUUGUAUAAAAUCUUACAA